AUGCUGAUGAUGGAGCCUCUGAACAGCACCGACGCCGGCAUCGCAGCCCCCAGCGCCCCCCUCGAGUCCCCCGUGUCCGGCAGUGGCCACGGCAACGAAUACUUCUACGUUCUGGUGGUCAUGUCCUUCUACGGCAUUUUCUUGAUUGGGAUCACGCUGGGCUACAUGAAAUCCAAGAGGCGGGAGAAGAAAGCCAGCCUCCUGCUGCUGUACAGAGACGAGGAGCGGCUCUGGGGGGAGGCCAUGAAGCCGCUGGCCACGCUGUCCGGCCUGAGGUCGGUGCAGGCGCCCACGAUGCUGAAUGUGCUGCAGGAGAGCGUGGCGCCCGCCCUGUCCUGCACCCUCUGCUCCAUGGAGGGUGACAGCGUGAGCUCCGAGUCCUCCUCGCCCGAUGUGCACCUCACCAUCCAGGAGGAGGGGGCGGACGAUGAGCUGGGGGAGACUUCUGAGACCCCCCUCAACGAAAGCAGCGAAGGGUCCUCGGAGAACAUCCAUCAGAAUUCCUAG